AUGGCUUUACCACUAAAUAUGACAUUAACAGUUUCAUGUGAUGUAUCCGAAGAAGAUUCAGGACCAACAAUUGUUCACAGUACAGGUGUCCAAAAUUAUCGUAUUCAUCCUGGGCUUAUUCAAAUUUUACAAGGCGCAUUUGGAAAUGAAAGAUUAUGUGAUCAUGAAGAAGGAGUUCAAUGUACAGAUCCAGCAGCAAAUGUUAUUGAAGCAUUUGAAAAUGCUGGGUUUUCUGUAGAAGGUACAUCAGAAUCUGGUGAUCGUAAAAUAUGGAUGUUAAUAAAAACAAGUGCAGAUGAAGAGUAA